UCCCCCGCGGGCUGAUUGGCCUCGCGCUGUCAGACCAGCGGCCCUGAAAGGCGGCAGCCGCCCCGCUGCGCUCACACCGGGUCCUGCCGCGGCCGGGCGACGCCGGCGGCGUCUCCUGUCCCACCAUGGUGGCAGCCCCGGCGCUGGCCGGCACCGUGCUGGGCGCGCUGCUGGCACUGGCCGCGCCGGAGCUGACGCUGAUCCACCGCGCCGGUUACUGCGCCUUCUACGGCAACUGCGGCCGCAACCCGGAGCUGAACAACUCCCUGGUGGGCACGGACGUGCCCUGCCUGUCCAACACCCCGGCCCGCCUGGCCUCGGCGCCGCUGCUGGCCGUGCUGCGCUCCGUGUGCCCCGAGCUGGUGCGGGGCGACAACUCCACGCGCGUCUGCUGCUCGCUGGCUCAGCUGAGCGCCCUGCAGCUCUCGGUGGCUCUGUCGGGCGCCGUGCUGUCCCGCUGCCCCUCGUGCGCCCGCAACUUCGCCAACCUGCACUGCAACAACAUCUGCAGCCCCGACCAGAGCCUGUUCAUCAACGUCACCCGCGUCGUCAACCGCACCACGGCGCUGGGGCUGCGCCAGGAGGCGGUGGUGGAAUAUCAGUGCUUCUACGAGCGGGGCUACGCCGAGGCCGCCUUCGAUUCGUGCAUCGGGGUGAGGCUGCCGGCCACGGGCGGCUACGCGCUGGACACCAUGUGCGGGAUCUACGGCGCCCGGCUGUGCACGGCGCAGCGCUGGCUGGAUUUCCAGGGCGAUACCAGCAACGGGCUGGCCCCGCUGCGGAUCCGCUUCCGGCUGCUGCCCAACGGCACCGGGCCCGGCGCCGGCGUCGAGCCGCUGAGCGGCAGCCCCUGGCCAUGUGUCCACCCCAGCUCCCCGCUCUCCUUCAUGGACAUCACGGCGCUGGAGAUGAGCUGCAUGGCCGCCUAUGGGGCGCCCGUCUUCCCCUACAUCGCCUUCGGGGGCUACCCAGGCUCGGAGUACACGGAGGCGGAGGCGCUGAUCCUCACUUACUCCCUGACCAAUUUCCCCGCGGGGGACGCGCGGCAGCGCUGGGUGCUGAGCUGGGAGCGCCGCUUCCUGGCCGUGCUGCGCCGCUUCCAGAGCGAGCACAGCGCCAACCUCAGCGUCACCUUCAUGGCCGAGCGCUCCCUGGAGGACGAGCUGAACCGCACCGCGGCGCAGGACGUGCCGGUGCUGGCGCUCAGUUACCUGCUGGUCUUCGCUUACGUGGCGCUGGCGCUGGGCGAGUACACGGCGUGGCGCCGCCUGCUGGUGGGGAGGACUGCGGCGCCAAUUCCCACUGCCCCUUCCUGCAGACUUACAUGCCCCAACGUGUGUCCCAAACGGGUGCCCUCUGGGUGCUCAUGGCGGGCGCCCCAUGGGUGUCUGAUGGGUGCCCCUGGGCGCCGUGGGGUGCUGCCGCCCGCAGGCUCGCUCUCGUCCAUGCCGGCCGUCCGCACCUUCGCCCUCACGGCCGCCGUGGCCAUCGCCUUCGACUUCCUGCUGCAGAUGUCGGGCUUCGUUGCCCUGCUGGCCCUCGACACCCGCCGGCAGGAGGUGCUCACAAAGAUCCCUUUAGAACCCAUGAAGGAUCCCGUUGGGUUCCCAUAUGCUGGUUCCCAUACGGCUCCCACUCACACCCUGCUGGGAUCCAGUUCCCAUUCAGACCCGUGCUGGAUCCCCCUGCCCCCCCCAGUUCUCACCCCCCCGUGUCCGUUCCCAGCCGCAGCCAGCUGCCUGCUGGGGCAGUGCAUGAACAGCACGCGCCGGCCGACGGUGGAUGAGUUCCAGCGCUUCCUGCCCUGGUUCCUCCACGACCGCCCCACUCUGGAGUGCGCCAAGGGCGGGCUGGGCGCCUACGACACCGCCGUCAGCAUGGAUGGCAACGGCACCAUCUUGGCAUCCCGCUUCAUGGCGUACCAGCGCCCGCUGCGGACGUCGCAGGAUUACACGGCGGCGCUGCGCGCUGCCCGCGCCUUGGCCGACACCAUCACCGCCACGCUGCGCCGCGUGCCCGGCACAAACCCCGACUUCCGCGUCUUCCCAUACACUUUGGGGUCAGGGUGCCCAAUGUGGGGUCACUGCACAUGGGAAUGGGGCACAAGAGGUGGUGGCUCGGGAACAUGGGCACAUGGGGGGACACGUGGGGUGGCACAUGGACCUGGGACACGCUGGGUGACACAGGAGGUGGCACAGGGACAUGGGACACACAAGGUGGCAGUGGCAUUUGAGGCACAUGGGGUAGCACGUGGGGUUUGGGGUGCACAGGAGGUGACACGGGGACCUGGGACACGUGGGGUGGCACGUGGGCAUGGGGACCCACGCGUGUCCCCCCCGGUGACGUCCCCCGUGUCCCCGCAGGCCAUCGGCAUCUCGGUGGAGUUCGUGUCCCACCUGACGUGCGCCUUCGCGCAGAGCACCCGGCCCACACGCGUGGAGCGCGCGGCCGAGGCCACCGUCAACAUGGGCAGCAAGGUGGUGGCGGGGGUGGCCAUGACCAACCUGCCGGGCGUGGUGGUGCUGGCCUUCGCCAAGGCGCAGCUCAUCCAGAUCUUCUUCUUCCGCCUCAAUUUCAUCAUCACGCUGGUGGGCCUGGCCCACGGCCUCGUCUUCCUGCCCGUGCUGCUCAGCUACAUGGGGCCCAGCCCCCUGCUGAGCGCCGAGGACACCGAGGACACCAAGGCCGGCGCGGUGCAGGACGCGGCCAUCGCCAACCCCGGCUUCAAGGACGCGGAGCCGCGCUGACGUCGCUGUCCCCGUGUCCCGGCCCCGCACGCUGCUGCUUUUUCGAUGCAGUUGUAUUUAAAGAUGUUUUCUCAGAGCUGGCA